UUUAGAAAGAGGAAAAAAAAGGCCCUUAACAAACUCAUCAAGGCCCUAACAAACUCAGCGAGUCAUUCUGAUCUCUCUGAAUUCAAGCAAGCUUCCAUAUCAUUUUCUUGAUGUUUCCCUCAUCCUCAUCCCCAUCUUCUUCUUCCUCUCGAUCCAUCAAUGGCGUCCAGCUCCUCAGUUAUAAAAUAAUCAGUCUGCUUCUGCCUUCUAAUUUUCUUCCAUUUUCUGUUUUGCUCUGAAUUCUGCGAUUCACAAAACAUGGACUCGUUGGCGAGAGGAUCAUUCUCCUCCAGCAUAGACUAUUCAGAACUCGAAUCAAAUCUAUCGCUCAAAGAUCGAUUAAAGGGCUUCAAAUCCUCUAAGUACGAUGUCGAUGCCUAUGUCACCUCCAAAUGCCAGGCCAUGACCGAGAAGGUCCACCAUUUUUUCCCUCUUUUCUUCCCUCUUUUUUCUUUACACUCUCUCUUAAUUCCAAUUCUUGAUCAGGAAAUCAAGCAUUUGUGCUUCUACCUUGGCGAGCUGAAGAAGGCCUCUGCCGAGGAAAUGCGUAAAAGUGUUUACGCCAACUAUGGAGCUUUCAUCCGAACGUCUCGGGAGAUUACAGAUCUUGAAGGGGAACUUCUUUUACUCAGAAAUCAUUUGUCGACUCAGGCAGCUCUGGUUCACGGUUUAGCAGAAGCAGCCACCAUUGAAUCUCUCUCCGGUGAUCUUGAAGAUUCAACUGCGGUCCACUCAUCCAACCAGAGCAGUGAGCUUCGCAACACGGAUGAAUGGCUGGUCGAGUACUUGGACAACCUCGAAGUUCUCAUGGUUGAGCGAAGAAUGGACGAAGCUCUCGCCGCGUUGGACGAAGGAGAGCAGAUAGCCAAGAACACAAAUCGCAGGAAGAAUUUAAGUGCCGCCGCGCUUUCGUCGUUACAGACUGCCAUCAGAGACCAGAGGCAGAAACUGGCUUCCCUUCUGGAGCAGACCAUUUGCCAACCGUCCACGCGCGGCGUGGAGCUCCGGUCUGCUGCGCAGGCUCUAAAGAAGCUGGGGGACGGUGCCCGUGCGCACAUGCUGCUGCUGAAUUCCCACCAUCAGAAGCUUCAGCGCAGCCUGCAGAGCUUCCGGUCGUCGAACAGCGGCGGCGGGGCGUUCACUGCCGCUAUAUCGCAGUUUGUGUUCUCCACCAUUGCUCAAGCAGCAAGUGAUUCGAUGGCGGUUUUCGGGGAGGAGCCGGCGUACGCUUCGGAGCUGGUAACUUGGUCUCUGAAACAGACAGAUGCGUUUGCUGUAUUUCUGAAAAGGCAUGUGAUAGCUUCAUCUGCAGCUGUGGGGAGCUUGAGAAUUGCAGCAGAGUGUGUUCAGAUAUGUAUGGGGCACUGCUCUCUUUUGCAAGCUCGAGGGCUGGCCCUUUCCCCAGUGCUAUUCAGACACUUCAGGCCAUUGGUUGAGAAUGGUAUAACUGCCAAUUUGAGGAGAAUUGAACAGACCAGUGCUGCCUUGGCUGCAGCAGAUGACUGGUUGCUUGCUUAUUCCCCGGUUGCUUCUCGGCUUUUUCUGAUGUCUGCUUCGGCUUCGUCGCUCGGAAGCUUGUCGCAGCCAAAGCUUUCAAGCAGUGCACAUAGAUUUAACACAAUGGUUCAGGAAUUUCUAGAGGAUAUGGGAUCACUGGAGAGCCUACAAUUGGAUGCACUGACCUUGGAGGGAGUCCUACAAGUAUUCAACUCAUACAUCAAUCUACUAAUAACCGCUCUCCCAAGUUCGGUGGAAAACGAGAUGAAUCUGGAAGGAUCGGCGACGAAGAUCGUACGGCUGGCGGAGACGGAAUCGCAGCAGAUCGCGCUGCUGGCGAACGCGUCACUGCUGGCGGACGAGUUGAUUCCCCGGGCGGCGACGAAGCUUUUCCCGGCGAACAGAUCGGAAACGCCGAGGAAGUCGUCGUCGAGCAGAGUGCCGGAGCAGAGAGAGUGGAAGAGAAGAUUGCAGCGGUCGGUGGAUCGGCUCCGGGACAGCUUCUGCCGGCAGCACGCCCUAGAGCUGAUCUUCACGGAAGAAGGCGAUACGCGGCUGAACGCGCAGAUGUACCUGUCGAUGGACGGGAACGGGGAGGAGCCGGAGUGGUUUCCGUCGCAGAUUUUUCAGGCGCUGUUCGAGAAAUUGACGCGGAUUGCGAGCAUUGCCACGGAUAUGUUCGUGGGGCGGGAGAGAUUCGCGACUGUUCUUCUCAUGAGACUCACUGAAACUGUGAUUUUGUGGCUGUCUGAGGAUCAAGCCUUUUGGGAAGAAGUUGAGGAAGGGCCUCGCCCGAUCGGCCCCUUUGGCCUUCAACAGUUCUACUUAGAUAUGGAGUUCGUGAUACUUUUUGCAUCACAAGGGCGUUACCUGUCCCGAAAUCUGCAUCAAGUGAUCAAGAACAUCAUAGCCAGAGCCAUAGAAUCUUUGGCUUCCACAGGAACAGAUCCUUACAGUGCUUUGCCGGAGGACGACUGGUUCGCCGAAGUUGCUCAGAUUGCCAUCAAAAUGCUGUCCGGGAAAGCCAACUUCAGUAACGUGGACCGAGAUCCCACCAGCCCCACGGCCUCGGUUUCUGCAAAAUCCAUCUCUUCUGUUCAUUCUCAUGGGAGUAACUAAGACUGCAACCAUUUGCAAGAGACACGCACAAGAGAAGAAGGAGAUAUUCGAGAGGAUUGCUAUGGAUGGGAUGCUUUGUAUUAUUUUUGUGUUUGAUGUUAUGAAAUUUUGUAAUCACUAUAUAUUAUAUAUAGAGAGAGUAGUU